GUGCUUUAUUUUUUUCGGAUUUAUGAACUCCGAAUUCAGAUAAGUCAGCUUUGGGUCAGCUUUCGUAGUUUCGGAUUUAUGAACAGAAGCAGAAUCAGAAUCAGUUUUCAAAAGCUGGUACCUCAGCUUCUAAAAAAACUGAUUCUGAGAGUAAAUUAGAGCUCCAGAAGUGCUUCUGGAAUUUCACCCAAACACUCCAGCUUCUGCUUCGGCUCCCUGAAGGAGCAGAAUCAGUUCUGAGAAUCAGAUCCAAACACCCCCUUAGUUUGGACUUGGCAACUCUGAAUCCAGAGGAUGAGAUUUCGGGCUCCGUGAUUGGUUGGCUACAGAUCGGUUUGUUGUUAUAAAUUGACCUUCAACCUCCAUUCUCCCAUGCCUUCAACCAACCCCUUUCAACCCUCCUCUCAUCCUCUCUAUUCAAAGGCAUGCGGCUAUAGAUUAUGCAUUUCGAAAUGUGGAACAAUUGGGAACACCUCAAAUUCAGAGACGUUAUUGUCUUCGCCACAUUAGAAGCAAUUUCAUGACCCAAUUUAGAAGUAAACAACUAAAGAAGUUGUGUUGGCGAGCAGGAAGUACCCCAAUUGUAAGUGAAUUUCAUCAUUACAUGCAACAAAUUCGGGGGUACUAACGAGAGAGCUUUCAAGUAUUUAAAUGACAUUCCCCAAGAAAAGUGAGCACUUUGUUUUGAUGGUGGUUGUCGAUAUGGUAUUUUUAACGACAAAUCUUUCAGAAAGUUUCAACAAUGCUCUCAAAGGAUGUAGGACAUUGCCAAUCAGUGCCCUUGUGCGAGCGACUUUUGACAAACUAGUCCAGCUCUUCGCCCAACGUCGUACUGCCGGUAUGAUGUGGCAGCAAGCUGGAUAUCAUUUUCCGGACAACAUUCGGAAAGAGCUUAUGGAGCGUUGGCAACAAAGACCUCACACUGUGGUUCUUCCACACAACCAUUACACAGGAAUUUACUCGGUCUCCGUAGAAAAUGCAACACCUGUUACGGUUAAUCUAUCCAGACGUGUUUGUGACUGCAGUUGUUGGAGGAUGAACGGAAUGCCAUGUGUCCAUGCACAUUCUGUGUGCCAUUUUCUAAAUUGUCGUGUUGAUUAUCUUAUUCCUGAGGGCUGAGGUAUACAAACUGAGUUCUUACAUAAAUGCACAUUCCGGUGAUAUCAUGCCAUUUCCGAAUAUGAAUGAGUGGCCACAAAAUGAGUUCAUUCUUCUACUGCCUAAGUACUCUUCCAGAACUUCUCGAGCUGGGCGCCGUCAAGAAACAAGAUUUCCAAAUGAGAUGGAUAUGCGUCCAAGACGGAGAGGACAACAUGAUUGAUUUGUAUUUGUACUCUUAUAAUGUAAUCUUUUUUUGUACUUUGUUUUAAUGUUUUAAAAUAUUUAUUAGCCAUAUGUUUUAUAUGUACCUUUAAUAUGACUUAUUGUGCAAUGAACUUUGUU